AUGUCAUUUAAUGAUGAACACAACCAUGAGAUUUCUAUUGAAACUAUGAAAUUUUCUACCACUUACAAAAAUUUUUCUGAAGAAAUCAUGGAACAGAUAGAAUUUUAUAUUAUGCAUGGCCGAUGUGAUGCAGGAACAAUUAGAAACCUUCUUCAACUAAAGUAUCCUAAUUGUGUAUUUCUUACUCAAGAUCUAGGGAAUGCAAUUCAAAGAAUUAAACGAAAAAAGGGAUUGAAUUUAGGGGAAACAGCAUCUCUAUUAAUGAAAUUUCUUGAAUUGCAAGCUAAUGAUCCUAGUAGCGUAAAAGAAACGCAAUCUACACAGCAUAUAGAAUCAGAAAAUGCAUUAAUAAAAAAGGCCAUGCAGUCAAGUUUCUCUCUCUUACAAGUUCAAGAAUCUCUUAAAAAUCAAUUGGAAUUUGAGUCAAUUAACAAUCGUUAUUCAAUUUGGAAAGCUUCAACAUUACAGUAUACACAACCUUUCAUCAUACAAACAUUCUUUAGUAGCAUUAAUAGUAUCAUAAAUAAAUAUCUCACACAGCUGAUUCACGAUGCAUAUUAUAAACAAAUGUGUCGAUCUGUAUGCUAUUGUGCAUAUCAAGUACAAUUUUCUGAAAUUCCAGUAUCAGAUGAUGGUUCAUUUGAACCUUUCUUUGAUAAAGUAGAAGAUUCUGCCGAAUCUUUUAUUGAAGCUGAUGAGGAUCGGGAGCUUGACUUGAAGUUUUUGAUUUUGAUGGUUAGUUUUAACGAUAUUUUAGAAGUUUGGAAGAUUUUUCGAUACAAUUACCCAAAAUGCUAUCAACAUGUAAUUCUACUUAAUACCAGAAAAUACUUAUGCACUUGUUUUAUGCUUGUCACUCAUGGUAUUAUAUGCAGGCAUUUCUUUAAAGUGUUUGUUGAAUCUUCUAAUGCAUGUUUUCAUUUGACAUUGAUUCCUAAGCGUUGGUAUAAGGAUGAAUAUAUCAAUUCAAAUGAUACCUGUUCUAGUGAGACAAUUACAAGUAAUGGCCAAAAUGAUCAAAAUGGUGCGCAAAUCACUUUAGAAUUUGCCCAAAAAUACACCAUAAAUGAUCUUUCAGAAAGGUAUUCCAAGCAAAUAUCACGAAAUCAAUUAAAAUUUGGUACUCUAAUGGGCGAAGCCAAAAAGGCAAUUCAAUUUGCAAUUCAAGAUGAUGAUGAAGAACUGAUUCAGUUUAUCAAGGAUUUUAAUAAAAGAAAAGAAGCUCAACUAAUUCAAGCAGAAUCGAUUAAGCAACAAAAAGCUUUAGCGGAUAGAAAAAUGAAUGACAAUCGGGUCCUUUGUAAUACAAAAGGAGUAUUGAUCGAUUCUAAUCAGAUCUUGGAUCCAUUGAAGCGUCAGCCUAAAGGAAGACCACCAACAAAACGGUUGAAGCCAUCUGUUGAAAAAUCAGAUUCAAAAAGCAAAAAUGGAGGCGAACAAGCAAUAUCUGAUAGAUGUCGUAAGUGUGGCUCAUGUGGGGAAUAUGGUCAUUAUCGUAGCACUUGUUCUAAGGGUUAG